GGACAGGAUGGAACAUUUGGAAAAGGCAGGAGGGGCAGGCCCCUGCUCUCCGCUUGGGCACCAGGACUCUCCCUUCUGGGGUCUCCUUCAGGCUGGGGUCUCCUUUGGUCUCCCCAGCUCAUAGGCAUCCUGGAGAGAAGUGAGGGGCUGAACGUCAGCUCUCCAGGGCUCAGGUUUCAUGGACAGAAGAGCUGGCUGGUUGGGGGGUGUGCCCUGAGCUCUGGCUUUGGUGGGGGAGUUGCUUGGAGGCAGUGGGGGCUGGGAAGGGCAGGAGGUGCCUUGCAAUUGCACCCUGCUCUGCCCGUCUGUCACGGUGUGACUUGGGCAAGUCACUUCCCUUCUGGGCUUCGUCCCACCGUUGGUCAGGAAGGGAAGCGUGUUGCCUCCUGAGGCCACACACAAAGGCUCUGGUAAGCGGUGGGUGGUGUGCAUGAGCCAUCAGUAGAGGGCACCAGCAGUAGGGGACAGCGGAGAGCUUGAAUUCUGGGGUCUGUAGGCGCCUUCUGUGCCCCCGUCUGGCUGCCUGACCUUGGGCAUGUCACUUCCCCUCCCAGGACCCUGGAGUCCUCACUGUAACACAGCCACCAUGCUGGGUUUCAGACAGGGAGGAAUGUAAAAGCAUUAGUAACACGAUGGCAAUGCAUACAUGUGCUUGGUCCUUCCUGUAGGGGUAACUGUCACCUGUCUGUUGGGACAAUGCAGAGCCCACUCUGCUCUGUGGCCCAAGACCUCUUGGGGUAGGCGCAGGGCUCUAGGAUCAGAGUUCAGGUCCCAGCCCCCUCACUUGCUGUAGCUGUUUCCUUGCCAAGCCUCUGUCCUCAUCUCACAGGAAUCAGGAGGCCACAUAACCCAGACGAAGACUGUGACAAUUCAAUGAGAAAAUCCCAGCACAGCGAGUCCUGAGCAUGUUCUGACUUUUUUUUUUCACUUAUUAUUCUGUUGCUAGGCCCUCCAGGUGGGCCUUCUGGAAGGGCCAGCACUCAGGGUGGCCCAAGGGUGGAAGUGGUUCCUUUUUGACCCUUUACCACUGGUCAGCUCUGGCCUUUGGGUAUCACAAGGAGGGACUCAGGGACUGGGUGAGUGGAGGUUUUUCCCUGAAUCUCUCCUGAGGGGGACGGGGAUGCUCCCAGACAGAUCUCCAUCACCUGGUGGCUUGGCGUCCUGUGCACAUCCCUCCCCAUCUCUUCUUUGAUCCCCCCACUGCAGAGGUCUGGAGGGUGCUGCCAGGCCCGGGAGCCUGGGCUCCGUUCUGAGCCCUCCCCACAAAGGGCAGGCAAGCGGCCGCAUAUCAGCCUUGCCAACAUUCCACUGACGCCUGAGACUCAGAGGGACCAGGAGCGGCGGAUUCGGCGGGAGAUCGCCAACAGCAACGAGCGGAGACGCAUGCAGAGCAUCAACGCGGGCUUCCAGUCCCUGAAGACCCUCAUCCCCCACACAGACGGAGAGAAGCUCAGCAAGGCAGCCAUCCUCCAGCAGACAGCUGAGUACAUCUUCUCCCUGGAGCAGGAGAAGACCAGGCUCCUGCAGCAGAACACACAGCUCAAGCGCUUUAUCCAGGAACUGAGUGGCUCGUCCCCCAAGCGGCGGCGGGCAGAAGACAAGGAUGAGGGCAUUGGCUCACCAGACAUCUGGGAGGAUGAGAAGGCGGAAGACUUGCGACGGGAGAUGAUUGAGCUGCGGCAGCAGCUGGACAAGGAGCGCUCGGUGCGCAUGAUGCUGGAGGAGCAGGUGCGCUCGCUGGAGGCCCACAUGUACCCGGAAAAGCUCAAGGUGAUCGCACAGCAGGUGCAGCUGCAGCAGCAGCAGGAGCAGGUGCGGCUGCUGCACCAGGAGAAGCUGGAGCGGGAACAGCAGCACCUGCGGACCCAGCUCCUGCCCACUCCGGCCCCCACCCACCACCCCACGGUGAUCGUGCCGGCGCCGCCACCCCCUCCCUCCCACCACAUCAACGUCGUCACCAUGGGCCCCUCCUCGGUCAUCAACUCUGUCUCCACGUCCCGGCAAAACCUGGACACCAUCGUGCAGGCGAUCCAGCACAUCGAGGGCACCCAGGAAAGGCAGGAGCAGGAGGAGGAGCAGCGGCGAGCGGUCAUCGUGAAGCCGGUGCGCAGCUGCCCCGAGGCGCACGCCUCGGACACCGCCUCUGACUCGGAGGCAUCGGACAGCGACGCCAUGGACCAGAGCCGGGAGGAGCCGGCGGGGAGCGGGGGGCUUCCCUGACCACCCCCAGCCCUCCUCUCCCUUCUGGGGGCUGGAGGGGGCCAGGGCAGCAACAGGGAGAAACGCGGGCGCACGAGUGAGGAAUUUUUACAAAAUUACGACGUCAUUUGGGUCUCUUUUAUGACCUCUUUUUCAAUACUGUAAAUCGACCUUUGAGCGAAGCCACCCAACCCGAAGUCCCCGGGGUGGGGUGGCAGAGGCGCGUGGGAGCCACCGGGACACCUGGGGCUGGGCCUCGGCCGGGGCGUGGGGAGCUGACACUGGGGUGCCUGGCCUCUCUCGGACAAAAAGCAUUUUUUCAUUUAAACGUGUUUUUAAGAACAGGGAAAAUCAAGAAAACCCCAAGUAUUUUUGCCCUCCCCGGAGCCAGCCCUACGACCGUCAGUUUUUAACUCUCCUCCCCCUCCUCUUUUUGGGUUUCUUCUUUCUCCUUUAAGCACUUACCUGGGUGGGGGUCUGGUUGGGUUGGGGGUCCGAGGGUCUACGUUGCUUCUCGGUUGGGAUUUGCUGCUGCCCUUCCCCCCUCCCCACCCGUCUCAGCACUAGGAUUCGCCACUCUCCACCACCACCCAGCCCCCACCUCUCCCUCUGGGUGUCCCAUCUUCAACCCCCAAAAUGUCUUCGUCUCUCUCUCUUUGUUUUGUUUGUUGUUGGUUUUUUUUUUUGGAUUUGUUUUUUGUUUUACAAUUUUGAGGUCUUUGUGUUCAAGGAGAAGCUAUUAUAUUUUGUUAAGAAAGCGAGGCGAAAAAAACCAAGAGGCCACGGUGCCUUUAUAAAGAAACAAAAUAAAGUUUGUACUUUGUUUUUUAGA